CUGAAGGUCAUUAUAGUCAUUCAAAUCUUAGAGAAUUUCAAUAUCAUUCCAUCACCAAUAUAUAAAUAUCAUGCAGUACCCAUUAAUUAGCAUGCCAUAUUCUCACACUAACAAAAUCUCAUGGCUUCCAUAUCCCAUCUCCAACUCAGUCUCUUGCUUCUACUUCCUUCUCUGAUGUUCACUAUCACUUUGGCAUCUUCUACUUGGAGUUCUGCCAAAGAGAUAAACUACAACAAGUGGAUAUCAUGGAACAUCAAAAAUUACCAACAGAAGGCCACUUUGAAAGGCACCGAAUCCAUUGUGCUUGAAGCACGAGGCCGAGGCGCAGCCAGGAAAGUAGGCCUCCCGGAUGCGAAGCUUAGUAAAGCAGAGAUGAACAAAGUGAGUUUAAGUGUUAGUCAAAAUGGGAGCGGGGACUUCAAGACAAUCGGAGAUGCUCUAAACAGCAUCCCAUUACCUAACACUAGGAGAGUGAUCUUGCUUAUCAAACCAGGUGUUUACAGGUAUGAUCGGGGAGACUCUAGGGAAAAGAUUAGCAUCCCUAGAGCUUUGCCAUUUGUUACAUUUGCAGGGGAUGCGAAUGACCCACCAACCAUUACUGGGAAUGACACGGCCACGGUGGCUGGAAGAGAUGGGAUGCCACUUGGUACGUUCCACAGUGCAACAGUUGCCGUCGAUGCAAAUUACUUUGUGGCCGUCAACGUGAAAUUUGAGAAUACAGCUCCACAUGAAAUUGGAUCCAUCGGAGGACAAGGCGUUGCGCUUCGCAUUUCUGGAACCAAGGCUGCAUUCUAUAACUGCAGUUUCUAUGGGACCCAAGACACACUCUACGAUCACAAGGGUCUUCACUAUUUCAAUAAUUGCUUCUUCCAGGGCUCGGUGGAUUUCAUCUUUGGCUAUGGCAGAUCUCUUUAUGAGAACUGCUAUUUAAACUCCAUUGCAAAGAAGGUGGCCUCCCUCACGGCCCAAAAGCGAAGCAAAGCCUCAUUGGGAAGUGGGUUUUCCUUCAAAGACUGUCAGGUAACAGGGAGUGGCCAGGUUUACCUUGGCAGAGCAUGGGGUGAGUAUUCCAGGGUGGUUUUCUCGUACACAUUCCUGGACAAGAUUGUUCUUCCCCAAGGUUGGAGUGAUUGGGGCGAUCAAAACCGGGAUUCAGGAGUGUAUUAUGGAGAAUACAAAUGUAGUGGACCUGGAGCCAACUCAACAGGAAGAGUGCCUUGGGCGAGAAUGCUUACCGACGAAGAGGCUAAGCCUUUUAUUGGGACUCACUUUGUUGAAGGCAACACUUGGAUCAUAAAACCUUUUUAGGUAAUUUAAGAUAUAUAUAUAUAUCUUCUUGUUUUUUUGAAUUUCCGUUCAUCAUCAUAAAAUAUAAUGCUUUCUAGGUGCUAGCUACUUGUUGAAAAUUAAUAUUAAUAUUCAUGGUCAUUUACGUGAAGUACUGCAAUAUUUAAGCGCUAUAACGUACAAGUGAAAUAAAAUUAUUGCAAGGAUUUUCAGAA